UUUAUCGGACGAAAAAAAAAUCAAAAACGUUUUGCAUCGAUUGAAAGCAAUGAAAUAGGAAGCUACUGGAAGUUAAAAAUUUUUUUCUUACAUUUAUCAUCAAUAGUUAGACACUGAAAGUUUGAAUAGCGGUCCUACAGACGGGGAAUUCGGUGUAAAGGUCAAGGUUUUUGUUCUAUUAAAAUGAUUCUUACCAAGAAUGUACCUAAAUUAUUCGUCUGCUUUCCCGUUACUUGACGAACUCUACAAAAUGUACGAAACAUUUUCACUACGAUUUAACAAAGUAAUUACAAAUUGAGGAAUUCAUUUCAUUUUCCGCACAUAUUAACCUCUAACCAUACACACAUAAUCUAGUGGAAUUCCCGGGGGUUGGGGGGGAGGGAUUCGUUCCUUCUUCCACACUAGCCCAUUUCUACAGUAGCCCAUGGUCUGGUGGAGAACGAGAUGGUCCGAAAACUAGAGGUUAUGCCGUCGAGAGUAUGAUCUCACUCCAAAAACCGUCAAGUGAACCCUAAACACCAAAAUAAAACAAACUGCACUAUCAAAAAAACCCAAUAAUCGCAUAAGAGUGGCUCUCCAAUGGAGGAGAUAACGAAAGAAACCCUGGAGGAGCUCCGAGAGAAGUACCUGAAGGUUCGGAAGCUCCUGGACGAGCCCCAGGACGAGUCCAACCCCGGGGAAGGUCCUGACACAGCGACGAAGAACAGAGCAAUUGUGAUUCUCAACCAGAUGAAGUCAAAACUAGAGAGCAUUCUCAACAAUUCGUCGUCCCCUCCGAAACGCAUUCGCCCUAGUCUCGCAGUGGUGUGCCUGAACAUUGGGCUGAUCUGCAUCGACAACGAGGAGCUGAAGGACGCCGAGGAGAGCCUGAUGAGGUGCACAGAAGUCCUGAAGACCCUGGAGCUGACGCCAGAGGGAAUUCUCCCCUUCCUCAGCACGAUGAACCAACUGGCGAUCAUCUGGUUCCAGUGGAGUGAUUUCGAAAAGGCGAAGACGUUCGUCGAACGAGCUGAGGACUUCUACGGGAAGUACAAGGCUCUGGAGCCCCCUGAGGUGCCGGUGGGAAUGUCCGAGGUCUUUGGGAUUGAAAAUGCUGAGGAGCCGGCACCCAAUCACGUUCUGGAGAAGCUGCACACACUGACCCUCUACUAUUUGGCCCAGAUCUAUGGGAUCAAAAAGGAUCAUCAGCAGUCGGCACUCUACUGUCACAUGACCCUGCAGAAGCAGCUGGAACUUGCGGAUCUGGACUACAUCGAUUGGGCUCUCAAUGCAGCCACUCUGUCACAAUUUUUUAUGGAACGGAAACACUUCACACAGGCUAGACAUCAUCUCGCAGCUGCUUCGCAUAUUCUGGGGGUUUAUGAGGAGAAUUUGAAGGGCUGCGAGGAAAAGGGGAGCGAUAGUGAGGAGGUGAAGGCUGCCAAGUGGGAGCAGUUUAGACAUCGGAGUGCUGAUGUCGCCAGGUGUUGGGGAAAGUACGGAAUCCUCUUGAUGAGUAUGUCCCGAGACCGACUAAUUGCCCUAGCUGACAACGUUGACAACGAAAAAUCGAUAGACGUCAGUAAUACCGAUGCUGACGAGCCCGUGGGAAUCGACGAAGACCUCCUCAAGAACAUGAAAUUCGAAAAAUUAGAGAAGGAAAUCCACCCCAUCGAGGAGCAGAUCACUGACAAGUACCUCCUGGACUUCAGCGACGCCAGGAAGGUCUUCCUCAACGUCCAGAAGUGGCUGGAGGAGGCGAAGAAGUACUACGCACUGGAGACUCAUGCCUCUGACUACGUUCACAUAGUCCAGGAUGUCUCCCAGAGCUACAAGUACUUGUCCUUCUUCGAGGACGACGACGACAGACAAGCCAAAAUGCACAAGAGACGAGUUUAUGUCCUUGUAGAAGUCAUCAAGGAGCUGAACCCCAGGUACUACCAGGCAGAGUGUCGACAGAUCUGGAUUGAACUGGGGGAAACCUCCUCAGCAAUUCUGGACAUUAAAUUAGACAAACUGAGGGCCAGUGACAAACGACCGACGCCCCAUGCCCUCAACAAAAUCAAUCAUCUCGCUAAAUGUGGGAUCAAUUACUACAAGAAGUUCCUGGACUCGAUGAAGGAGAAUGAGACGUCACCACCGGUCAGGGAGUUCCCUCAGGAACUCGUGAAACCUGCCCUGUUUGCUUACUUCCACAUUGGCACGCUUUGUAACAAAAUUAUCACUCCGGAUAAAUUAACGCAACUGGAUAACCUGAAGGCCAGUGUUGAGGCCUAUAAGUUCCUCGUGGAUUACUGCCAGCGGCAUGAAGAUGCUGCUGAGUUCAUGAGGGCUGAGUUGAAUGUCUGCAGAGAUCUUGUUAAUUUGUUACCUCUGAAGAUUAAUAAAUUGACGCAGUCGCUUAGUGCAUCGUAAAAUGUUUGUUUUUUUAUUGAUUGAUUUAAGUAAUUAAGCGAUUAAUUCGUGGGAUUUGAGUUAAUUGAAGGGAUUUGGUCAAUUGAUCGAUCGUUGAGUGAGUUUGUUGAUUCGUAAUUAUUGUAAAGUUGUUGUUAGUAGUGGGAAAAUUUUUGGAUGAAGUUGAGAGAAAUCUCGAAAUGUUUAAAUUGAGGAGAAAAUCAAUGGAGAUUGCAAAUUUAAAUUCGAUAAUUUAGGGAAAAUUGAGGAAAUUCGAGUGCAUCGUGUUAUUACUUCAAUUUUCAGGUGAAAUUUAAAAUUUUACACUGUAAUAAGCGUAACGUAAAAUGUCUUAUUUUUUAAUGCUGAUUGGUUGACGUAACUGAUCAAUUGAUUCAUGAAAAUUAAAUCAACAGGAUUGAAUAAAUAAUUAUGAUAGUUGCAUGAAUUGCAAUUCAUCAAUUAUCAUUCAUUAUUAUUCAAUUCAUGAAUUGGUUAAUUUAUCGAGCGUUGAAUUAGUUAAUUGACUCAUCAUUAUUUUGAGGAAGUUGUUCAGCAACACUAGUAGAAAAAUUUGCUCAAGAUUUCAGAAAAUCUUGUUGGUGGAGAAUUAUAAAUUAAAGAGAAAAUGAAUGGAAACUGCAAAUUUCGAUUCAAUGAUCCAGUGAAAAACAGGAAAAUUCAAUUGAAUGUAUUAUUAAACUUCUAAUUUAUGAUGAAAAUUCAAUUUCAAUUAAUAUAAAAAAUUCAACAAAACUUCAUAUUGAAAAUGCACAGAGAAUUGUGAAACUUCCUCUUAUUUUCACUUGAAUUUUCACCUGAAAUUUGAAAUUUCGUGAGUCAUUACCCCCGAUUUCAACUCAAUGUCACUCUUUCAUGACAUUUUUCAACACUGAAUUGAAAAUGCGAAAGAUGUCGAUUAUUUUUUCAUGGGACCUCAGGAUCUGUUAAUGAAUGAUAAAAAUGAUUUUGAAAGAAUCGAUUUCUUUAUACUCGUGAUAAUAAUACCUAAUUUUAUAAUGAUAAGACAGUAUGAAAGUAUAAGAGGUUUUCAAAACUAAUCACUUUAGCAUAUCUUUUUACAAUUGACACUAGUAUUGUUCAUACCCAAAAAUUAUUAUCGUUUAUUCAUAGUUUGUUAUGAUUUUUGAUAUACCAACGUAUACAUAAGCUAUCGUGAAAAAUAUGCAUAUGAGAAGAUAUUAGAACAAAACAGUAUUCACGAACUUCCAAGUGGAAACUAGAAAGAAAAAUGGGCUUAAAGAUAUUACUGAUAAUCAAAGAUGUUAGGUGCUUUCCAACUACUUCUUGAUACAGAAAUUGAACAGCUUCACGUUUCCAUGGCUUCCAUGGAUGCAUCCUGCAUGGGGACGUCGACUGGAGUCUCCAUUACAACAUCUUCGAUUUGGAAUUUUUGUACUGUAUACUGUUUCUUCAAUUUUUCGUAAUGUUUC